UGCUGGCCGAGUGUCAUCGGUGGCGGGAGGUGUGCUAACGCCACCGACUGCAAUGGCAAGGGGCAGUGUAUCAAUGGAGCCUGCGUGUGCCGCAAGGACGGCAUGGCCGCUGGCCCGCACUGCGGCCAAUUCGCUAUCCAGUGUCCCGCCUACAAGGACAACGCGUGCUGCUCUGUCUUCGCCAAGAACAGCGCCGGGUGCGACGCCUGCGCCGCUAACCUCAUGAACUUGUGGUGUGGCCUGGUGUGCUCACCCGAGCAGGAUCAAUUCAUGCAGAUGGCCCACGCGUGGCCUAGUACCAACUACCGGCCAGACCCCAUGACGGGCAAGGAGAAGGCCAAGGUGCUGGAACUGAAUGUGGCACUAGCCAAGGACUUGACCUGCUCUGUCGUCGAUUCGUGCAAGAACACGGCCAUGGCGUCGAUGGCUGCGGCCAUGAAGUCGUCGCUGGGCUUCCUCAACUACCAGAUGCAGGUUGGCGCAGUUGGCCAUGGGGAGUUCAUCAACCUCCGCUUUAAUGCGAGCAAGGACAAGGCGUUCGACCACGAGGUGCUGAAAUGCUCCAACUACUCGGAGGUCGUGGACAUGCGCGAGACGCUGCCGACGCAGGCGCAACUGCUGGAGUCUAUCGCGUCCAAGGCUACAGACGACAAGCAAUGUCCCUGCGGCAGCCAUAUUCACGUCGUCGACGACCCCAUCUCCAUGUUCACGGGUUUUAGCACCAAGUUGGUCGCCGCUGCCUACGGGGCGUUAGUGAUCUUGGCGUUCUUCUGGAACAAGUGGAAAAACCAGUGA